CCUUUGUUCAUUAGACGAUCUUCGUAAACACCGCCGCUUUUUUCUGUGGGUAACUCUCCUGCAGUCAGUGGAGACCAUGGCUAACAGUUUAGCCUGACCAUGACCUGACCGUACUGCUGCAGACUUGUCCGCACACGUCACCUGACCAGGUACAGAACGUCAGUUGUCGAGUUUAGUACGAGUCGGAGAGCUGUAUUUAUUAAAAAUGACUCCACUGUGGGCGGGUGGCAGCUAGCUGGAGGCAGCUAGCAGCAACGAUACAGCAAAUAGCAAAGCAAAUAGCAAAGCAGGACACACUGGAGCAAAGGGAUGGAUGCUUUAUUUCACUGUUUGAGAGAUUACAAGAUAAUGAAACUGAAUAGUAUUAAUCAUUCGGUCAGUGGGAACUAUCGUAAUGUGGAUUUGUCAAAUGAUCUCAGUCUUCGAUUGCAUUUCUACAAAGGUGACAUUCUCUGCUGGUUAAGAGCUACAAUGACAAUAGCAUGUAGGCUACUGAUAACCAAAAUACAACAAUGUUAUACUUGUAUAGUAUAACUAGAAUAUAGAAUAUAACUAUAGUAUAACUAUAGUAUAACAAUAUAGUAUGACAAUAGCAUGUAGGCUACUGAUAACCAAAAUACAACAAUGUUAUACUUGUAUAGUAUAACUAGAAUAUAACUAUAGUAUAACUAUAGUAUAACUAGUGCAGCUGUUUGAAGCCUGUGGCUUCAAACAGCUGCACCACUUGACUGUAAUGUGGCUAUUUAGACUGGGAAACAAAUGACUUACAAUAGUUAAAUCAUGAUAUUAGGGUUUGAAGCAACACUUUUUCAUCAUAAAUAAGACUGUAGAUGUUUUCUCUAGUCAACAAUUAAUAUUUGAGUCUAUAAAAUACAGAAAAAUGUCCAUUUAACUUCCCAAAACCCUUCAUAUUGAGGAGGCUGGAACAGGAUAGUGUCUGCCCUUAAUAGUCAGAAUAGUGACCAAUUAGUUUUCUGUUGAUUGAUUAAUCGAUUUGUUUUAAUCACAUCAUCCUGAUCACCAUAACCUCACACAUCACGUCAACAUACUGCUACGGAUUGAGUCCACCCAGCUGUUGGAUAUGUAUUUGCAUUGUAUGUCAUUUCCUCAUGAAUACUUAUUUGUUAAGUAUAUAUAAGAUCAAUAAUGAAUUAAUGUCUACUGCAUACAUGUCAAGAAUAGUGUCGUAUUGAUGGCGAAGUACUUGAAAAAAAAUCCAAAGAAUUUAUUUUUACAUGAAAAACACCAGCAUGUGGCUCUCAGAUGAUUCAUGCAUUUGCAUGAACAUUAUGAUGAUUAUCAUCAAUAAUUGAUCCUAUUGAGAGAGACUGAGUCACAGUGAUCCUCCUUUCUUCUCGAACUUGAUUUAGGGCAGCGGGUUGCCAUAGAGACCGCGGUGCCCUGCUGUGUUCUGUCUGUCACUGAAUAUAAUAUGCAAAUUAAUAUCAAAGGUCCCCACUUAGUCGAGCGGAGGCUCUGCUGCAUGCAUGUACAAGGUGCUUUAUUCUCCAUAUCUUUGGACCGUCGGUCAGACAAAACAACUUGCCCUCUGGGGGAAAAUGCUGUGUGCAUUUCUGAAGAUGUCUCAUGUUAAAUGGUCCAAAUGAGAUCAACUGAUUACAAGACUCUUCAAGAAAAGAAUUUGCAGAUUAAUCAAAAGUAAAAAAAAGAGAAUAUUGGUGAGUUGUUGCAGCCCUAAACAUAACUCUGUGACGAUUCCUAACUUUUGAUCCAUGUCUUUCCUCCUUCCAUGCAGAAUUCAUUUGGUGUUCAUCAUGAUUAAUUAAUGUUGCAUUCAGCACCUUUUUUAAUGACGAUAGGAAAACAGCGUCAUCAUGUGCGACCUCGACAGAUGGUGCGUGUCACAUUUACAUUAUUUAUGCCAGAUCACUUAUUACACUUACUUUUUUUUAAGGAUAGUCAAGUUGCAGCUGACGGCAACGAAAGAGGGCAAGUUGUUGACGGGCCUUACUUUCUCCUAAAUGUCCCUGAUUAGCGUCUCAUUAUUCAUGCCAUCCUAUUUGGGAGAACCUGAACAAGCCUUAUCCGUGUAACCAAUACUCACUUUCAUGAAAUGAUGCCCUGGAUCGGGUAGCUACUUUAUUUCCUUCUUAAGAUAUUCACCCCAUCGCGCUUCCCUCUUACAGGGUUACCACUCUGCAUCAUUUCUAGGGGCGUAGCUCAAUACCUGGCAGCUCGUGCCUUGUUUUAUUUGACGGUCGUGUGUCACACAGAGGAUACCGGUGCUUUCUAGGAGUGCCGGUUCCCCCGUGCUGCGGCAGAGAUGACGGUGGAAAACUCUGCAGCCGCCAGGCUGCGCUACGAAGAGCUGCUCUUUUACGCGGCCUGUGUUUGCACCUGUUGGUCUGUGUGUCUGUGUGUGUGUGUGUGUCUGGAAGGCAGAGUGUGUAGGAGAGGAGGUGGUGGUGGUGGUGGAGGAGGAGGAGGUGGCAUGCGUACGGGCAGCAUCAUCAGCAGCAGCAGCAGCACCUGGAGGUGGCAGCUCUCCCGGGCCAUGAGGCUGGCUCUGCGCUGGUUCCGGCAGUGCCGCCCGCAGAGAGGAGGCCGAGGCGGGGCGACCGGGACGUGGACCGGCAGCCGGCUGUUGGAGCUGUGGAGCUACAGCAGGCUGCUGCUCAAGUCGCUGUACUUCAACAGCCUCACCAACAGCGACACUCUGCUGGACUGCGCAUUUGAACCCGUCUACUGGAUCGUGGACAAUGUUACCCGCUGGUUUGGAGCGGUGUUUGUCUGUCUCGUCAUACUGCUGAUGACCUCGGUUGUGGUCAUCAUCUACCUGUACGUCCUACCCACAAUUGUCAGCACAUACCCUUUGCACUGGGUCGUCUGGCACCUGAGCUGUGGCCACUGGCUUCUCAUCAUGGUGGUCUUCCAUUACUACAAGGCCACCACCACCUCUCCAGGACACUCGCCCAAGGACAAAAUUCAUAUUCCCUCAGUGUCCAUCUGCAAGAAAUGCAUCACUCCCAAACCGCACAGGACGCACCACUGCAGCAUCUGCAACACCUGUGUUUUGAAGAUGGACCACCACUGUCCCUGGUUGAACAACUGCGUGGGCCACUUCAACCAGCGCUACUUCUUCUCCUUCUGCGUGUACAUGAUGCUGGGCUGCUUCUACUGCAGCGUCAGCAGCAAAGCCUUGUUCCUGGAGGCCUACAGCGCGAUAGAGAGAUACUAUCAGACCCCUCCUCCAACCGAAACCUACACCGAGACCACCGCUCAAAAGAGUGUCAUCUUCCUCUGGGUGCUGACCAGCACGGUGUCUGUCGCUCUUGGAGGACUCACCCUCUGGCACAGUAUACUCAUCAGCAGAGGAGAGACCAGCGUGGAGCGUCACAUCAACAACAAAGAGGCCAAAAGACUCAAGGGGAAGGGCAAGGUGUUCAAAAAUCCAUAUCAUCACGGUCCAGUGAACAACUGGAAGUUACUGUUGGGUGUGGAAAAAAGGAGUCACUGGUUCACGCGGGUCCUCUUGCCCUCCAGCCAUCUUCCCAACGGGGACGGCAUCACGUGGGACUUUACCUUCACCAGAACAGACCCCAUGGCCAUCUGAUCCUUUCCUCCAAACCACAUCUAAAAGAAGAGAAGCUCCUGCUGCUACAAUCAUACAACAAGGAAAGGGAAGCUUUGUAGUUUCACAAAUAGACACAGGUUGUUGUUGCUUUGUUAAAAGUGGGAACCACAUGGAAAUACGCACCAGUGGUUUCUCUUUCUAGAUUCCGUUAUCAUUUCCCAUCCGUCUCCGGUCGACUGAAGGUCUCACUAGACCUCGCCCCGCGACUGCAGCGCUAAUUAGAUUCAUGAAUGGUGCUGCUGGCCAGCAUAGCUGUGAAGACGACGCCAUUCUCCCGUAAAGCCACGGCAAAGACUUUUUAUGUGCGUCUCUCUUUGACGGAAAAUCAUGCACCAACACUACAGCCUCUUUAGUGAGAUGUAGGACAGAGGGAUGAUGUAGUGCGGGAAGCGUCGGAGGACACCAGUCUGCAGGUACGGCACAUUAAAGGUGCUACGUGUCAAACGCAGCACAUUGUAAACUAGAAUGACCCGCCAUCUUAUUUCAGUCGUAUUGUCAAUGUCUUUCAGAUAUGAGACGGAGGUAAACGUCUUGAUUUCCAUUUGACUUCUCGGAGAAGGUCCGAUUUGUUUACACUGUUUCAAUGUGCCAGCGUUCGAGUCAUAGUUUGGGUGUAUGAGGUACAUCUAGAGAUGACUUGUCGGCACGCCCCCAGUUUGGAGAAGCAGACACAAGUACAGGAGCAGCGGCAAAGCAAUGCUGUGGAAUGUUGACAGCUUUUGUUUUAGGUGGCUUAAAUACGUUUUGCUGACGUUCCUGUAAACAACGUUAAAUUGCUUUACUUGUGUGCCGGUAUUCACUUCUUCUCCAAACUGGGGUUGUGACGACCACAAUCUACUGUAAGUACACUGAGAAGUACCUCAUACAACCUCACUUCUAAACAUCCGAAGUACCCCUUUAAUGUGCUCACGGUUUACCGAUGAAAUGCAGAAUCUAGCACCAUUAAUAAGUGACACCGUGUUGAUCCGUGACUUCCUGUGAAGCCAGAGAGUUGAGGCCAGACUGUCUGGUUUUUAUUUUAGUUUCCAUUGUUCAUGCUAACUGUGUUCGUGGGUCUUGGGCUGAUGACAAACCCAAAGUGUUUCUUAAUGUGGGGUAUGUUUUCAAUGAUGAUUUUUUGAUUUUGUCCUGAGAUUAUUUCAAUAAUUGUCUGUUUUAAGGUUUACUACCGAUAAAGAACUUGUUUGGUUGUUCCGUCUUUAAAAUGAGGCACUUUCAGGCACUGUGAAAUAUAACACCAGAUUUUUAAUCCCCUUUCAGAUUUGUAUCCGCAACACGUUUGUAUCAUUAACUUACUGACGGACGGGUUGCAUCUGUAGUUGCCAUAGAAACAUGACAUACAGCUGUGAUAUGUGUAACCAAUGGGAGCUGAGCUCCAGUUUGAUUUAUUGUCUUUUUUUAAUAAAACACCGGUUUGAUA